CAUCACGUCCCUUACUACUGACUUUGGUCCAUUUUCUCUACUUGAAUCCUCGUAUCAACCAACUGCACACAUUUACUCAGCUUUGUUGCCAGUGCGCGGAGUUUGAUUCAUCUUCUGGUCGCGCAGGUUUUCCGCCUCCCUGACAGGCUUGGAUCUGCACUACGCCUCCUCGGGAGUGUUCAUGCAGACCUCGAUUCCAACAACCAUACGAGCGCAGCACUUGCGCGCUCAAUCGUCGCUAGACAUUGAGUCAAAUGCCAGCACCACGUAAUCUUCCCGCUCGUUCUUCACAGCGACGCAAUUCUGUUCAAGAUGAUAUGGCUGCGCGGACCCGUUCCACUCGAGGAGCACCUGCAGCCAGAUCCGAGACCACAGAAGUCGUUGCACCAAAACAAAGUCCACACAAGCUGAGUCCAACCAUCACAAGAAAAACUACUCGUUCUGCAUCCAACAUCUCAAGCCAGCCAUCAUUUACUGAUGCUGCGCCCGAGGUCUAUGCUUCAUACGAGCGUCCAUUUUUGAUGGUGUUCGGCCUGUCACGCGAAUUCUUCAACGGUCUCAAGAAGCAUCAUGGCAAGCUCCCGAAGGAGCGCAGGAACCCUGAAAGUGCUGUGCAAGAAUCGCCAACCUCAGAUGAAGAUUCUGAGUCUGAACUGGAGGAAAGCGCAGACGAGAGCGAGGAAUCGGCUGAUCUCGCACCCAACACGUCACACUCUGCCUCCAGAGGAAGAGGCCGUGGUGGACGCGGCGGGCGCGGUGGAAGAGGAAGAGGCGGCCGUGGCAGGGGACGCGGACGAGGACGCGGAGGCCUGAAUCGAACCAUUUCGCCCACUCGAUCUCGUCCAUCACGAAACGCAGCACCCGCAUUUCCGCUAACAGAGGAAGAUGAUGGUCUGUCCAAUCAAACCACGCCAAACGGCGAGGGCUUGGCAUCACCACUCCCGAACGAGGAUGAGCAAAUGACAGAUGCAUCCGAACCGACUAAUGGCUUGGGGCUGGACGACGAUAUCGACAGCGAUCUUGAGGAUGGGUCCAUUGGCAAUGCGCAUAUGGAAUCAAUGACGCCAGCUGGUUCGCCACCUUCUACGACUACCCCCCAUGGUUCACCUCCCAAAGGUCUGCUUAACGCUAUACUCGAUGGCACAUAUACUCCUUCAUUGGUCGCAGACCCUGCACCUAGGCCAUCUAAGAGUGCCACGAAGAACAAAAUUCCCAAAAUCUCAUUGACGACAGGUUCCAACUCCCAAACCCCACGUGAUUCGGCUUCGACACCUGCAGAGGCCCUCAGAACGCUCGAUCCUGAAGACGACAUCCUUACCGACCAAGACCUUUCUGGUCCCUGGGCUGAUGACUUUGAACCACAACCCCUGGACGACUGCGAGGACAUGGCCGACUAUCUGCUCCAAAGAAGGUACCAGGCAAUGUCUGAUGUCAACAAGAUCGUCGCAGCUCUCAACAAGUUUCCCGUUGCCCAGAGAAGUACAGACAACUUGUAUGCCCUGGCAGAGAACGCUCAGUAUAUUCUUAAAUGUUGGCAGGAUGAGUAUCUUGAGCUUGAUGCGCGGACCGCGCCCCACAUGCACCCGCCAAAGAAGGCCUGCAAUAGUGGACGGAUCCCUAUGGCAUCACAGAUAUUUGAAGACACUAAAGAAGCGGAUCUCUACGGCUAUGCUUUCGAUCCGAAAAAACAGCCUGGGUGUCAAGACCCAUGGGCACAGCGUCCAGGUGUCGAAAAGAGCGGUGGACGAGAGCUCCGAACACGUCGUGCGCGCGACAUGCUGGACUCUGCAGCCGCAAGUGAAGAGGAAGAAGAGGACAACGAAGGUCGUGCAUCAAGGAGACAAAGGAAGCCGCCUCGCAAGUUCGACGGUACUGAUGUAGUGACAGGAGUGUCUACCCCCAAAAAACACAGUGGGUGGGGUGGUGCCCGUAAAAAGGGCGUCAGCAGAUUCGCCUUGAAUGCAUCUGAAACCCCAGAGCCUGACAGCAGACCUGCUAAGCGAGCUAGGACUGCAGCUGCUUCUGCACUGCAUCAACGUCUUGUGCACGAGAGUGUACGCGAAAGCUCGGUAGCGACGACAUCUGGCGACGAGGGAUCGUCGACGAUGGAUGUUGAAGAGUAUGCAGACACGAACACUAAACGUGGGCGACCACCGGGAAGCAAGAACACAGGGCGUCGCAGCGAUUUCGGUAUUAAAAAGGGUCCACGAAAGAAGGCUACAGAUCCCAGUACUCCAGUGCCAUCAGCGCACGGUCCAAACGCUCCUCCACCAGCACUGCAGUCACUGAGCGCAGGUCAAGGUCAGUUCUCCAUUGAUACACAGCCUUUUUCAGAUGCACCUCCCUUGCCAGCACCGAACUCUGCUGAGACGGUCUUCCAAGCUACUCCGCAACCUGCCGCCGCACAAGACGGCGCUCUCGCACACCCAAGCGAGUCAAGCACGCCAGAUGCAUACAUGCUCACGGCUCCAUUGAGCCAGUACACUAACGUGCAGGGUGAUGACGCUUCGCCAGCAUCAGGUUCGAGACGGAAGCCACGCGUUAAGAGCGAAAAACGUAGCCAAUCGAUGACUAUAUGGUGGGCGGAACGCAAGGCGCGCAAGAAAGAGCAGGAUGAGAAAGAGGGCAGGCCCCCAAAGCCACCGACAUCGCGAUCAAACUCCUCGAGUGGACGAAGAGGUGGGCGGGCAGCUGGAGGGCCAAGUGCAACUGCCACGCCUGUGUCGACACCGCCGGAAGCUCAUCGGCCUUCUCCGGUACAUCACCAAGACCAUCAGUACCCGCCAGAAGCCUAUUCAAUGCAUGGACCAUUGCCACCGCUGACAGUACCAUCACCUCACAUGACCUACGCUUCGGCACCCCUGCACCAUCCCAUGUUGCUGCAAUACUCCCCACUUGCUGCACUUCCGUCAGGAGGAUUUCCAGGCUACUCAGGCCCGCCGUCACUGCAUUCACACCUUGGACCACGUGCGCUUGCUCCCGCUCCACAGCAACUACCCGCAUAUCCGAGCCCCUACGGACCGCAGAGCCCUGCUGGCCCCCGCCCACGAAGUAGCGGUCGCAGCGGUCCUCCGCCGCUAGCGCCUGCACCACCGCAACAUUAUAGUCCGUAUGCACCGGUGAGUAUGGGCAGAGAGAUGCCAUUUAAGGUCAUGGUACCAGGCCCCCCACCUCAUGACGAGAGAAGAGGUAGCCGCUAGGAGCAGCUGUCACAAGAGAGAGAGAAAUACGAGGUUAUUGUUAUCGAUGAUUAGCGUUCUUCUUUUGAUACAUUAGCACAGAGGCUAUGCAUGGCGUUCCCCUCGCCGGAGUGCAGUGCGGUGUAGAUCACUCGGGUACUUACACCUUGAAUAUAUGUUAGUGUCAGCAUUCCACUUCUAAGAUCCUCUCGUCGAUGCAUAGCCAUGUCUCCGUCACGCCCACAGCCCAGCAUGCCCCAUAAGUAGAUGAGAUCAUAGCGCAAGUGUUUCGCCGGU